AUGUCAGACCCCCCCAACAACAACCAAACCACGUUUAGUGGCGGCGACCCUCCUGCCGACAAUAAUUAUACCGACAAUAAUAAUGAACAGACUAAUAUUAAUGAUAUGCAAAAAAUUAUUGCUGUUGAACUGAAGGAGAAAGAAAGUUCUCAUUCCAGAGGACCUCAUUCUCAUGAAGCUCAUCACAUCAAACCCUCGACAAAAAUCCAAAAAAAUAAUGAAAAACCAGACUCCCAUAAAAAAAUUGAAACUAUCCACAAAAAGCUUGAAUCGAAUGAUAAGCAUAACGCUUCUUCAAACCACGAAACCCCCGUUGAAACCCCUAUUGUGAAUGUUGGUCCAACCUUGAACCCUACCUUUGACUCUUCACCAGAUGGUGGUGAUGUUGAAAUUGACGCAACACCAUCACGUGACAUGGAUGUUCUCAUGCCGGAUGCAAAUCCAUUUGGUGAUAAUUCUGAAGCCUGGGAAUACAUCUUAAAACUUAAGGAUGUAUUUCUGGUUGAAUUGUCUAUUGUUAAAGAAGACUUGAGUAUUACAAUUGAAGAUUGGGAAAUAAAAUUUCAAAAUCUUGAACUUAAAAACAAUGAGUUAGCUAAACAACUCAUUGCUUUGACCGAAAAGCUUAAAGCUUCAGAAGGACAAGUGAAUUCUCUUCGCUCAGAACUUGAUGUUUUGAGAAACAAUCAGGUUCACACAGAAGUUAAACAUGUGAUGUUUGAAAAACUUAAAAAGGAAGUUAAGGAUAAUAAGGAUCAUUGCGAUAAAGUGAAACAUAAAGCUGAUGAAAUAGCUAAGAUGACUCUUCAAGAUUUGUCUCAAGAAAAAGCAAGAAACAAAAGAAUUAUCGACACUGAAAUCAAGGAAUUCAAAGAAAUGACCAACAAUCUUGAGAAAAGAGUUGAUAAUAUGGAAUACAAAGUUGGAACUAUUUCAACUAAGGCUGAUUUAACUACCAAAGAACUUAGCUACGCAAAAAGGAAAUCAAGAGCGCGAGUGUGCAUAAGAAUUCCAGAUACCAUGAAAAGAGUUAAUAUCCCUGCGAUUGGAAAGAAAAUUGAUGCGGUUGCACAAAAGCCGGUGGCUCAGGAAAUAGGCUAUACUGUCAAAGGGCAUUUAUAUGUUCAACUUAAUGACAAAGAUUUUGCUGAUAAAGCUGCAGAAUGGAUCCCCAAAGUUGACCCUACUUAUUCAGUGCUUGACACAGAUUCUUGGUACAAGGCUGUACUUCAGGAAAUACCUAAUACGGCAUCGAUUGAAGACUUGAAAGAAACUCUCUACAAUUUUAAUGAUUACCAUAUUGUUUUGAAUACCGAACCCAAAAUCAUUAGCAGAAACCAAUUUACCCAAACAGCAUUGGUUUCAUUUAGAAAUGCCCAAGACUAUGCAAAGUGUGCUGAUAAUCUUAUUAUCCAGUACACAAAAGUUAAAGUUAGACCUUUUAUUAGCAGGAAAAAAACUCCUGAAGAACUCCAAGCUAUGCAUAAAAAAGAACCUGAUAUCUUGUUAUUACAAGAACCUUACUUUAAUAACUAUGGGCCCAUUAAACAUAAAGAUUGGAUCCCAAUCUUUACAGAAACUGGAAAAGAAAAAAAUAAAUGCAGAGCAAUUACUUACAUUAGGUCUAACUCUGACUUACGAGCAUUAACUACUAAAAUUGAAAAGUUUACAAAUCGAGAUAUGGUUACCAUUUUGGUUAAAGACAUUACAAUUGUCAAUGUCUAUAAUCAACCGAAACCAUCCAAGAAAUACCCUGAGCCACCGGUUUUUGAGUUUCUCAGACGGGAGAUCAAGGAACAAUACUCAAAGAUUGUCAUUGCAGGUGAUUAUAACUUACAUCACAAGGAAUGGGAAUCAAGGGCAGGUCCGAAUACGGAAGCAGAUGAAGUUGUUGAGUGGCUACAUGAAAAUGAUAUGAUGUUAAUUACUCCAAGAAAUCAAAAAACAUUCAACAAUAGAACCAAUAUUGAUUUGGUUUAUGGCUCAGUGGACUUACUUCAUAGAAUUUCAUUUAGUGGAGUGGAUGAAAAUACACUAAGUGAUCACUCAAUUGUGGAGUGGGACAUCUCUAUACAUGAAAUAUGGAAGGCACUUCUACCUGAAAUUGAUCAUGGUCUUGAUAGAGAGUUUGAAAUUGAUGACGAUUCUCGAUGGCCAAAAUUAGAGUUUGAUGAAGUUGACUCUGCAUUGGCUGAUACCCCAAAUGAUAAAGCUCCAGGAGACGAUGGAAUUACUGGCAAAGUUUUAAAGAAGGCAUGGCUGAAUAAAGACUUUAAGGAAAGGUUUUUCAAGCUUCUCCAAGCUUGUGUGAAGUUUGGAUACCACCCAAAAGUCUGGAGACAUGGCAUUAUUGUUGUUAUACCUAAACCUAAGAAACCUGACUAUUCAAAGCCAAGAGCAUACCGACCAAUUUCCUUACUUAAGAUUCCAUCUAAAGUACUGGAAAAAAUUAUACAAAAAAGAAUGACCAAGCUUACAACACACUUACUUCCACCAGAGCAAUAUGGGGGAAGACAAGGUUAUUGUGCUACUGAUGCUGUUUUGGAACUUGUCCAAAGAAUUGAAACUAGUAAAGAAAAAAUUUCAGCUAUGCUCAUUGAUAUUCAAGGAGCUUUUGAUAAUGUUAACAGAAAUAUAUUGGCACACACAAUGGAGGAUAUGAAACUACCCAAAGCACUUAUAAACUGGACGUACCAAUUUGUAAGUGAAAGAGAAACUAGUAUGCUCAUGGACCGAAGAAAAGGAUCAGUGCAAAAAAUUAGUACUGGAAUUCCACAAGGCUAA